UUCACAUUGGGAUUGGAUCAUCAUCUUUUUCAUCAGCAACCAGAGGCGAGUUACUACAUUUCCACAUGAACAAAAUGUAUGAAGUUUUGGUGCUCAAAGAAGGCUACAGUAUACCAAAAGAAGAAGGUCAGAUGAAAACAAGUGGAAGCAUCACCUUAAUUAAAGGCCUACAUAACAUCAUAGUAGACACUGGGAAUCCAUGGGACAGAGAUUUACUUCUUCAAGGAUUACAGAAAUACCAGUUAACACCAAUGGAUGUGGACUAUGUUAUUUGUACUAGUGGUCGGUCAGAUAAAGUUGGUAACCUGAACUUAUUUACGAAGGCAAAACACAUUGUCUCUGGAGAGCUCUGCUUUGAAGACAACUUCUUCAAACAUGCAUUUAAGCAGGGGAUUCCCUAUGAAAUAGAUGAUGAGGUUGAAGUUGUUUCUACCCCAGGCCAGUCUGGUUCUGAUGUUUCUGUUCUGGUCAAAAACACUGCCCUUGGAACAGUUGCUGUUACAGGAGGUCUCUUUGAGUGUUUUGAUGACCUGGAAGAUCCCAGUUUGUGGCAGAUGUUGAGCGAGGACCCCGAGUCUCAGGAACAGGGAAGGAUCAGUAUUCUUCAGCUGGCCAAUCACAUUAUACCAGGCCACGGCAAGAUGUUCCAGGUCCCCGAGGACUGCAAGCAUCACCUCAGAGUCGUUAUGUACAGUGAGGAACAAAUCCAGCAAACCACAGAAAACACUACUACAACCUCUAUACAAAGCCAGUACGUUGUCAUCGAGAAAGAGGACGAAUAGUAGUAUUAUGUGUACAUUUCUCCAAGAAUAAACGAGUUUGAGAAGGAGGUUUCAGUUCAAAUGGAAUCACCGUUGUAUUCUUUCUGUUCAUUUUGGGUCAAAAGUGUCUUUGCAAUUUUAAAUGCUGUAUUGACCAAUUGGUUGCUUCACAGGGUCUUUCAUGUUCUUUUAUUUUUUAACACAUGUAGGAACAGCGUGUGUGCUGAAAUUAUAUUAAGAAAAGCUUGUUUUAAAUUUUAUUUGAAUGGGUUUUUUUCCAAUGAAAUAUCUUCAUUUUGUCACCGAUGUUACACAAGUUUCUUCUGUUUAAUCUCUUCAGCAUACAAUUCUAAUAAUUUUCUCUGAAUGUGAUUUUGGAUGGUAAUGCCUGUAUCGCUGUCUAUUUCCUGACAAAAUUUUAUGCAGUAAAUUACAGUCCACCUCAGAUAAAAAUAUCAAACUUUGUAAGUGACUUAAUAGUUCUGAUUAUGGUGAUGAUGCAGAAUGAACUAAUGUGACACUGGCCUGAAAAAUCUUCAGUGUCUCUGAAAUCUCAGGCCUGUUUUAUGGCUUUCUAAACCUUUUCUUGUCUUGAGAAAUUGAAAUGAAAUAGAGCUUUAUCAAGAAUAAACAGAAUAGUAUUAACAUCUUUUUAAGUCAUGUUGUGUUAAUGAAUAGAGCUUACUUGAAAACAAUAGGUCAAGAAAAUUUGUAAUUUGGUUUAUCGGUGGGAACUGAUUGGCAAUUCUGUAUUCGAUUGCCAUCCCUCAUAAUUAUGUAUUGUAAUUCUGUGAGAUUAGGAAUUGGUUGUCAAAAAAGUCUAUUAUUUACGUAUAGUUAUUUAAGGAAUCACUGUCUAGUUAGUAGAGUAUGCCAGGGCAUCAACGA